AUGACGGCCUCUGCUGGGAGUGGAACAUCGCCGCCUCUGUCUUUACCAACCACAAACUUUGGAAACACAUGGAAAACAUUUGUUGCUGGAGGAAUUGCUGGUUGUUGUGCUAAAACUACAGUUGCUCCAUUAGACAGAGUUAAAAUUUUACUUCAAGCACACAAUCGUCACUACCGUCACUUGGGUGUGUUUUCUUCUUUGCACCAUGUCAUCCAAAAAGAAGGAUUUGUUGGGCUUUACAAAGGCAAUGGUGUGCAGAUGUUGCGUAUAUUUCCAUAUUCUGCCAUCCAGUUUGCUGCUUAUGAGGAAUUCAAAAAGAUUUUCAAGUCCGUUACAAAUUGUCACUCUCAUGUUGUCAAGCUGACUGCUGGAUCCUUGGCAGGCAUGGUGGCAGUUGUUGUGACCUACCCACUUGAUGUAGUACGUGCUCGAUUAGCCUUCCAAGUGAAAGGAGAGCACCUCUAUUUUGGCAUUGUGGAUACUAUGAAGUCUAUGAUGCACCUUGAGGGAGGUACAAGUGCUCUUUAUAAGGGCAUGGUACCUUCAAUACUCGGCAUUUCUCCCUAUGCUGGUUUGUCAUUCACUUGUUUUGAGAUGUUGAAGAACUUCUGCUUGGAUUACUUUCCUGAUACUUUGGGCCGGCAGUGCCAUAAAAACACUGGGAGUGUCGUGCUGGUGCUGCCAGCCAAGCUGUUGUGUGGUGCCUUGGCUGGAGUCAUUGCACAGACUACCGCUUAUCCUCUGGAUGUGGUUAGACGUCGAAUGCAGUUAUCUCGAAUGUUACCAGAGUCUCACAAAUACGAUCAAGGCUGGCUUCGAACACUUUUGGUCAUCUACAGGGAGGAUGGUGUCAGUAAUGGCCUUUUCCGUGGCCUCACGGUCAACUAUAUCCGUGUCAUCCCAACAGUAGCAGUUUCAUUUGCUACAUAUGAAACGGCCAAACAAAUUCUUGGCUUAGACACUGGCGUGGAUCGAUGA